GCUGGCCCGUCCCCUGGACAACCGUCAACACAGGCAGAAGCUCAAAACACAGCUCGGCUCCAGCGCUCUCCCCGCUGACUUCAGCCACUCCGAGCCUGGGGCCUGGGGGGCAGCGGGGAGGACCCCGCCCAGGCUCAGCCCGGAGCCUCUCUCUCCUGUGUCUCUCUCGAUCUCUCCACUUCUCUGUCUUUCUCUGUCUCUCUCUGUCUCCCCAUCACACCCGUACCCAUGGGGAGCCCCCCCACCCCUGGGUUCCAGAAAACCACGUCCGCUGGGUACCGGCUGCCCUCAACCAGGCCACCAGCCAUAGAUUCCUGCACUGCCCGAGGUGGCCCCGCGGUGGGCAGGGGUCGCCAAGCCCCCCAGGCCCCAGAAGCGGAGCGCUCGGCCCUGGGAACGAACGGUGUGCAGCGGGACCAGCUGUGGAGGGAGCUCUUGGAGGCCGAGAGGAGGGGCCAGCAGCGCUGGGCUCAGCACUGGAGUUUCCUGAAAGACUACGAUCCCCUGGGCAAUAAGAAGGAGCCCGUGAAGCUGCCAGAGUAUGUGCCUCUCUUCUCCGACACAGUCCCCAACUCCACGAACCAGGUUGUGGGCAGCAGGGUGGGCACACCCCUGGGGCAAACCCUCAUCAGCAUGGACUUUUUCUUUGUGGACGGAGUCCGGAAGAAGAAGCUGGAAGCCGAGCUGCAGCCCGUGUAGGAGGAAGAGGAGGAGGAGGAGGAGGGCCGGCUGGCCUGCCCCAGUGCUGGAGGUCAGAAAUCCAAAGUGGGUCUCACCGGACUGAAAUCAAGGUGUGCACAGGGCUGCGUUGCUUUCUGGCCACUAAAGGCACCUGAGUCCUCGCCUUUUCCAGCUUCUAGAGGAGAGACUGCCCUCAUCCCUCGGCCCGUGACUCCCUCCUCUCCAAGCAGAAUGGGGGCAUCGCCAGUCUCCAAACCUCUCUCGGCCUCCCUCCUUCCAUCUUUUCAGACAGCCAGGAUAAUCUCUCCAUCUCACCGCUCUUAAUUUAAUCAUGUCUGCAAAAUCCCUUUUGCGUGUAAGGUAACAUAUCCGCAGGGCCCAGG